CGAUUGGUGGAUUUUGACAGAACUCUACCACAAAAUGGAAGUUGGGAGCGCGCUGGAUGUGGAUGUGGAUCAGGAAACACAGCUUUCAAAAAAUCGAGAAAUAAAAAAAAAACAACAGGAGUAAUAAAACUUUUAAGAAAUAAACCUAGCUAAAUUAAGAAACUAUCAACCGUGUUGUAUUUUUCAUUAUUCAAAGUGUUUAGUGUGAAAAUUGAAAAACAUGGAGCCGCUUCACCAACAGUGUAACCUUAAUCACAAACAAGUAAUGAUUUUCUGAAAAAUGUAGGUUAUGUUUUGUUUUUCUGCUAGAAAAAUAAUGUCUCAGUUAGUGCGUAUACGAUGUAACAAUAAAUGCAAGUGCAGAGCGCGAUUUAUUUAUUAGUUUGAACAGUUCACGGUAACUUUUAUGAUUUCUCUUGUUUGGACAGAAAAGUUUUCACACGUGUAUAACCUAAAAUUUGAAAAUGGACUCCAAGUACAAUUUAAUAGGAAACAACAAAUUAAACAUUACAAAAUUCAAGAUUAAACCGAAACCCACACCAGUGUUGUUCAGUAAAAAAAAUGGACCGCCUUCUCCCAAGAAAAUUAAGUUGAAUGAGAACGAAUCAAACAAAUCAAGUUACAUGAACGGGAACAACAAAUUUAAAAUAAGUAUACAAGAACAGAGGACGAAGCUACCUGUGUAUGAUAAAAAGAAUAAGUUGUUGGAUCUGAUUAGGAGGAAUAAUACUUUAAUCAUAAUGGGUGAAACUGGAAGUGGGAAAACUACUCAAAUACCUCAAUAUAUCAAUGCGGCUAAAUUACAAAACGAGGGGCGCAUUGGUAUUACGCAGCCCAGAAGGGUGGCUGCUGUCAGUAUUGCAAUGAGAGUAGCGCAGGAAUAUGGAAAUGGGCAACAAGUGGGAGACACUGUCGGUUACACAGUUAGAUUUGAAGAUGUCACAUCAAAGAGGACCAAAAUUAAAUACUUGACUGAUGGAAUGUUGCUGAGGGAAGCAAUGUUUGAUAGUUUAUUAAUGGAAUAUACAGUUAUUAUUUUGGAUGAAGCUCAUGAAAGAACAAUUCAUACAGAUGUAUUGUUUGGAAUUGUAAAAACGGCUCAGAAAGUUAGGGAGGCUAAGAAUUUUGCUCCAUUGAAAAUACUUAUUAUGUCGGCGACUAUGGAUGUGGACCAUUUUUCGAAAUAUUUUAAUGAUUGCCAAGCUGUUUAUCUCGAAGGAAGGACCUACCCUGUUAAUAUAUUUCACACAGUUAGGCCCCAUGAUGACUAUCAAACAGCAUGUGUGGCAACGUUUUUUAAAAUUCAUAGAGAAGCGCCUGCUAACCAAGAUGUUUUAAUUUUUCUCACUGGCCAGGAAGAAAUUGAAGCUGUAGCUCACCAAAUUCGUUUACUUGGUAAAGAUCCAGAAGUGGAAGGACCCCCAAUUAGAGUGUGUACAUUAUAUGCAGCACAACCUUCCACUCAACAAAUGAGUGUUUUUAAUCCUUCACCAGAAAACAUGAGAAAGGUUAUUGUCAGUACAAAUAUUGCAGAAACUAGUGUUACAAUUACUGGAAUUAAAUAUAUAAUUGAUUGUGGAAUGGUAAAGGCAAGAACUUACCAUCCAGCCACUGGUUUAGAGUUGCUAAAAGUCCAACGGAUUUCCCAAGAACAGGCCUGGCAAAGAACGGGUCGAGCAGGCCGAGAAUCCGAAGGGACUUGCUACAGACUCUACACCCGCUCUCAAUUUGAAAUGAUGCAAAAAUCCACAAUUCCAGAGAUUCAACGUGCCAAUUUAACCUCUGUCGCCUUACAACUUCUAGCGUUGGACAUCCACGCGUUAUUUUUUGAUUUCAUGGACAAGCCUCCAGAGGAUGCCAUUACGGCAGCGUUUGAACAACUAAAAUUAUUAGGUGCCAUAGAUUCAGUUGAAUCAACAGCUUUAACCCCUUUGGGUGAACAGAUGGUUAAAUUUCCUCUUGACCCCAGAUUUAGUAAGAUCUUGCUUUCUGCUCACAACUUCGGGUGUUUAGAGGAGGUCUUAACUGUGGUUUCACUGUUAAGUGUGGAAAGUAUACUUUUAAGUCCGCCAAAUAAAAAAGAACAGGCCAAUAGUGUGCGGCAGAAGUUCUUUUCGGCGUUUGGUGAUCAUGUUACGCUUUUGAAUAUAUACAGAGAGUUUAGUAAUGUAGGGCAGAAUAUGAGAGGUUGGUGUCAUGAACAUUAUAUAAAUAUGAGGAAUAUUUUACAAGCUAGGGAGGUGAGAUGUCAGUUGGAGGAUAUAUGUAGGAAAAGUGGAAUGACAAUUUCGUCGUGUGGUAGUCAGAUGGAUCAAGUUAGGAAGUGUCUUUUAACUGGACUUUUCAUGAAUGUUGCUGAAUUACAUAGGGAUAGACAAUAUAUUACAUUGGACAAAAGACAAGUGGUUUCUAUUCAUCCAAGUUCCGUUCUGCAUGGCCAACAACCUCAUUUUAUUUUAUUUACUGAAGUUGUACAAACAACAAAAUGUUAUUUAAGAUUACUGUCAACUGUAGACAGUGAUUGGUUAUAUGAAAUAGCCCCAGACUAUAUGAGAACACACAGUAUAAAGUGUACAAAAGACAGUUGAUUGUAUGUGUAAUAAUAUGACAUGUUUUCAUAUUCCAAUGAUAUUCUAUGUAAGUUCUUCAAAUUUGCAUUUUGGACUGUGUUGUGUUCACUUCUGUCAUUACUAUUAUACUAGGAUAUUUAUUGUGUUAACAAUCAUUUUUAUAUCUGUUACAAGUUAUUACAUCUAUUUUUAUGAUCAAA